UUCAAUUAAACGUGGUGUACCGUCUGCCGUCAACCGUGUAUAUCAUACAUGAAAGUGUAAACUUGUGUAUUUGGAAUUAAAGUUCAUAAUUAUAUUAAACAAAAACCAUUCACAAUGUCUUCAAAAUUUUUUCUUAAAGGCAAAUCUAGGCAAGUACACAAAAGAAAAAGCGAAAUUAUUAAUAAAAAGAAGGCCAAAAAACCAAAUGCACCUAACCUCGAAAACGGUCAUGAAUCCUCGGAAAGUGAUUUAGAAAUAAAACAAUUCUCAGACGCUGAACAAUCUGAAAGUGAUCACGAAACUGCAGAACAAAAAAAGCUUAGAUUAGCAAAAAAAUAUCUUCAAGAAAUCGAAAAAGAAGAAGCUAAACGAGCUGAACUGCAAGAUGUAGACGAUGCAAUAGAGAAAAGAUUACAAAGAGACUAUUUAGAACAAAAAGGUAAAUUACGAAUUCAAGUAGCUAGUAAGUAUAUUGCUCCUUCGAAGAACGAUGUUCGGUUAAUUCGCGCCAAGGAACAUCGCCUAGCAUUAACAUCUAUAAGUGUAAGCAAUGAUGGUCAAUAUGCUUUUACUGGCUGCAAAAGUGGUACUUUAAUUAAAUGGGGCAUAAAAGAGAAGAAAAAACUUGGGGUGGUUACUUUUAAAACACAUUCACAAUUCAUAAAAGGAGGAAUCACUUCAUUAGCUCUUACCACAGACAUAAAAUAUUUAGCAACUUCAGAUGAUUCUAAUGAUAUUCAAAUCUGGGAUCCCCAUUCACUAAAACACCUUCAUACGUUUAAAGGCCAUAAAGGAACAGUUAUUGGUCUAGUAUUUAGAAGGAACACACAUGAUUUAUACUCAGCAUCAAAAGACAGGUCGGUAAAAAUUUGGUCAUUGAGUGAAAUGGCAUAUGUUGAGACCUUGUUUGGUCACCAGUCUCCUGUUACUGCAAUUGAUGCACUUACAAGAGAAAGAGCAAUUACAGCUGGAGGAAGAGACACAACUGUAAGAAUAUGGAAAAUUGUUGAAGAAUCACAGCUAAUAUUUAAUGGACCACAAGGAAGUUUAGAUGAUGUCAAGUUAUUAGAUGAAGAACAUUUUCUAUCAGGUAGUGAUAAUGGGACCAUUUGCUUAUGGAGUGUAUUAAAAAAGAAGCCACUUUACUCAGUACCAGAAGCUCAUGGUUCAGAAAAUGGCGUUCCUAGAUGGAUAACUUGUCUUACAACAUUAUUAAACUCCGAUCUUUUUGCAUCGGGAUCAUAUGACAGUCAUAUACGGUUAUGGAACAUAUGUGAUGCUUAUAAAAAGUUUGAACCUAUUUUUAAUGUAGAAAUAAAUGGUUUUGUGAACAGUAUGCACUUUACAAGUGACGGUAAACAGUUAUAUGCAGCAGUGGGACAGGAACAUAAAUCAGGAAGAUGGUUUAAAAAAAAUAAUGCUAAAAAUGGUUUAUUUGUUAUUAGUUUUAAUUUUAAAUUAGAUAAAUAAAAAAAUAUUAUUUUCAAUA